CAACUAGCCACAGACUGACUGGCCUCAAUCAACAUGUCUUCCAAAGUUUCCCCCACAGGCACCAAAGCUAAGAGCCAGCACCAUGUAAGCCAGCUGCUACAGCAGCAGCAGCAGCAGCAGCAGCAGCAGCAGCAGCAGCAGCAAGAGCAGCAGCAAGAGCAACAGCAACAGCCUUUGCCAGAGGCCAAUGCUGAAGCCAUCAGUUUCCUUAACUCUUUCCGGCUGGAGGAACUUCUGCUGUUCUUCCCUGAGACCCUGGCCAUCGUCUCAGACACAGGAGAACCUCAGGGAGAGCUGACCAUCGAGGUGCAGAAAGGGAAAUAUAAGGACAACCAGGGCAUCCUGACCCACUGUCUAAUGGUUCAUGCCUUUAGCAGAGGCUUCCUGGAUAAAUCACUGUGUGGAAGCUCCCUCCUAGGCUACCUAAGCAAUGAUCUGGAGUUAAUGGAGCAGCACAGUCACGAGUUCAUCAAGUUUCCCAUCCUCCCCAUGGAACGGAAGAUGAGUAUUCUGAAGCAGGAUGACCAGAUGGUUGUGACCAGAAGUGUCAAGGAGGGUGAGGAAACGAAGACCGGAGUCUCUGUUUUCCCCUGUGAAUCACUUAAGGGCUUUGUCUCCAGUAUUGCUAAUCUGGUGCUUCUGAGAGUGAUGGCUUGGCGGCAGUCAGUACCCAGUGGUGCUCGCUUCCUGGCCUUGGACACAGAGGGCAAACUAUGCUACUGCACCUAUCAAUCCCUGGGCUUCCAGACAAUUCAAGUGGGCCACCAGCAGGCUGAAAUGUUCAUCGUGGAACAAACCAUACACUCUGAAGAGGGCAUCCCCUUCUCCUGUCAAUUCUACUUACUCUCUGAUGGGCACCUGGCUAAGAGAGUCCAGGUGGGCUCUCCAGGGUGUUGUAUCAUCACCAAGAUGCCCCUCUUGAGGGAAGAGGAUGUGUUUGAGCCUCCGCCCAAGUUUGAUAAGAAGCCCCUGGUGUGGGAGGAAGACCUGGAGCUAUACUCGAAAUUCCUGAACCGGAAGGAGCAGCUGCGCCUCAGCCACACCAGCUACCUACGGCAGCACCCCGAGGCCCAAGCGCUCAUCUCCGACUUCCUGCUCUUCCUACUGCUCCGCCGGCCGGACGACGUGGUCGCCUUCGCAGCUGAGCACUUCGGGCCCUUUGCGACGCUGCGCCCUCCGAUCCCUGCCCUACGAUCCUCACACCGGCCAAGCCCUUUCCGGCCGCUGGAGGAGGAGGAAGAGGAGGAAGAAGAGGAGGUGGAAGAGGAGGGGGAGGAGGAAGAGGAGGAGGAAGUAGAGGUGGAAGUAGAGGAGGAGGAAGAGGAGAAGGAGUACUAUUACGCCGAUGACUACGACGUUGAUGAAGACAACGUCGAAGAAAGCGACUAUGUCUACGACCAAGAAAGCGACUACGUCAACGACCAAGAAAGCGACUACGACUACGACUACGACUACGACGACCACUACUACGAAGAAAGCGUCAUCUAUGAUGACGAAAUCGAGGAGAACGAGGAGAAUGACGACAACGACCAGGGUUUGGAUCUGGAAAAGGACUAGGCAGACAGCUAAGAGCGAGAGACAGGGACUGGCCGGGUCGGGUAUCUUGGCUGCGGGGUUCAUUGGGAGAUAAGCAGGUUCCUUUCCCCGGUGCUACCCUGCCAGCAGGGACUGUCUCUGGCUAGUAUCUCUUGUCAAAAAUGCGAAGCUGUAUCUUUGUUUA